AUGUUAACAUUAAUAGACAGCAAUUAUACUUGGAUAUUUGUAGUAGGACUUGUUGUGUUUGUCUUUGUCGUGGUAAUCUUGUUAUGUUUUACAAAAGCAACUGGUGAACGAUUAUUCCUUGGUGGUACUGACGAUCCCGAACUAGCUGGUGAUAUUGAAGAAACUCCUGCUUUAUUGGCUCUUCUUUCUGAAGAUGCUCGUCUAAGUUAUGAACGCGCUAAAGUUUUUCAACAACGUUUCCCUCCAGAUAGUAUUUCUACUGAUAUUACUUUAUCUCAAUAUGUAUCCAUUCAAGAAAAAGGAGUCUCUGCUUUUGAAUUUGAAUGGGAUAUGGAAACCAAUACAUUUAUAUCAGCAAGAACCGAACUUCAAUUUUUUAAUGGAGAAUGUUCUCUACAAACAAACUUACCUUUACCAAGAAAUCAAGAUGUUUAUUAUUGGGAGGCGAAAAUGUUUGAAAAACCUAGUACAACAACAGUUGCCAUUGGUGUUGCUACAAAACCAUAUCCAAAUUGGCGUUUACCAGGUUGGAACAGACAUUCUGUGGGAUAUUUCAGUCAUACAGGCAACAAGCAUUUCAAUAAUCCAUUUUAUGGCAAAACAUAUGGAGUUGGAUUUCAAGAAGGAGACGUUAUAGGUGUAGGUUAUCGACAUCGAUCAGGAACUAUCUUUUUCACUCGAAAUGGCAGAAAAUUGGAAGAUGCUUGUACUUCAUUAAGAUGGAAUUUAUUCCCUACUAUUGGAGCUAAUGGACCUUGUCAAAUUCAUGUCAAUCUCGGUCAAAUGGGCUUUGUCUUUGUGGAAGCCAAUGUGAAAAAAUGGGGAUUAGCACCAAUGCAAGGAACUUUAGCACCACCACCAGCGUAUGGAUACGAAGCAGGAUCAUUAUUAUUGGAACGAGGAUCAUCAGGUCGUCAACAACGUUAUAUGGAUUCAGAAGAAGAUGAUUCAGAUAAUGAUGAACGGCCUUUGAUACAAAUCUAUAAUCGACCCAUCCCAAGAUCAGCAUCUACACCACAUCAUCAUCAACAACAACAACAACAACGAACUCGAUUCCCAACGCAUUCUCCACCUUCUUAUUCAAGCUUAACUAGACCUCCUAGAUUGACUGGAUAUGGCAGCAAUGAUAUUACUACUUCAAUAAUCACUACUACGAAUGGAACUACUUGA